AUGGAAAUUAGUUAAGACACUUUGAACUUUUUAUUUAAGGAAUUAUGUGCUAUGGCUUUCUUAUAACAAAAAUCAUAAAAUGAAUUAAAUGAACUUUAUCAGUAUUAUACAAUGCAAGAAGCAAGGUUAAUGAAUCAAUUUUAUCAUUAUUAAACGAUCAAUGAAUAAGAAUUGAAGUAUGAUUGAAAUAUUAUACUUUAGAUUGGUGAAUAGAUUUAUAGCAAGAAUAUCAGAAGCUUUCUAAUUGAUGGUGGCUAAAAGAUAAAUUAUAAGAUGUAAAGAAUCUAAAUUUUAACCAUCAAUAUAUAAUUGUUUAACUUAAACUUUUGAAGGCAAGAAUAGUCUUAUUUGUCAAUUAAUUUAAACUAUAUAUGGUGAAUGUAGGCUUUAGAUAGAAAUAUUAACAAAUAAAAACCAAAAGAUUGAAGUUAAAAGAGUAAUUCUUUUUCAAUAUUAAGAUACACAGUCAAGAUAACAACAAUGAUGAAGAUAAAUUAUAGAAUCAAUUUUAUUCAGUUUAAGUUACAAAUAAGAAGAAUAUUUAAAAUGAUUGGCAAGUUAAUAUGAAAAAUAAUAAGAAAUUGAAUAAUUACUAUUUAAAAGUAUUUCCUAAAUUAUAUGAUGUGAUUAGCAAUGUUGAUAAGUAUAUAAUAAUAUUUUAUAUUUAGGAGUCAAGAUGAAUAAAUCUUAUAUUUCUAAAAUAGAGAUUAAAAUAUGGAUAGAAUAUUUAAUUAGUUACUUUAAUAAAAUCAGCAUAUCAAAUAAUCAUUAAAUUGGUCACUUAAUUUGGAUCAAGAAAUAUAUAAUAAUAAGAUUGAAUAAAAAUUGUAAAAGAUAAAAUUAUAAUAAUUAAUCCCAAGUAAUUAAUUAUCUACUUAAUCAUCUCCUACAAAACCAUCAUAACCAUCUAAUAAAUCAAUUAAAUAGAAUGCUCCUACAAGUCCAUUCAAAAACAAUAGCAUUAAUAAUAAUAAUCUAGGUAAAAUGCCUUCAAUUAAUGUAAAAUUUAGAAGCAUUUCACAAAACGUUCCCAUGAGUGAAACUAAUUUUAAAAGUUAAAAUAUGUUCCUUAAUCCUUAAUAAUAAUAAGCAUAGUAAAUUUAAUAAUCCUAACAAUAUUAUUCAUCAGAAACAGAAAAAUCAGCAUUAUUUUCUAAAAUAAUAGAAAAUUAUAAAUAAAAUUAAUUUCAAUUAAAUAAAAUUAAAAUAGAAUUUAAACCUAAAAGAUAGCAUUGCUCUGUUUUGAAAAGUAAAUUAAUGAUUGAUCUCAUACCUCUACAUAAUUCAAAAUUAAAACCUAAAGCCACUCGAUAUUUUUUAUAAUAAGUUCCAUCAAUAAUCAAUUGA